AUGCUCGAACGGCAUCAAACACAUUGUGAACGUAUGCUUGAUGAUCAACGCUUUCUACAGUAUCUACGAACACAAAAACCCGAUGUAGUUCUGUUGGAUCAUUUCCUACAGGAAUGCAUGGGUGGACUGGCAUUCCUUCUGAAUUCAUCUGUAGUACAAUAUUCGAAUUGGCCGAUUGCUGACGGUUAUAUUACAUCGCUGAACGUGCCAGCAAACCCGAGUGCUACGCCCAAAACAGGUAAGCAACGUAACUUCCAGGUUUUCUCUCACAUUAUAUCGAGGUAUAGGGGAGAUAGAACUCCGUUCUCAGCAUUUGAAUCUGACUGCGUCUGUCGGCCUUUCAUCUCUAGGGUAGCGCGACUAGCUUUUUCGAAGCAAAUCAAUGGCCACGGAAUGUCAUUCGGCCAGCGACUGAUUAAUACCCUAUUUCAUUCUAUCAUUAUUAUUACUAGAUACAUUCAGAUUUAUGUUUUGAACUCCAUGUUUACAAGGAAAGGAUUUCCACAGGUCGAGAUUGUCCGAUCGGAGGCUGAACGGCUGAUAUAUGCUGGUCGAUCGGAGUUCUUGUUCGAUGUUGUUCGACCGAUCAACAAUCGUGUAAAACACUUCGGUGGUGUCAGUAAGAUGGAUCCAAGGGACUAUGUUACAGUAUUGCCCCAUGCAAGUCCGAGAAGAACUAGCACCACUAAUUUUCAAUCCUCCAGUACUGGUAUCCGUUACAUGAACAGUUCCCUAGACCGUCUAUCACGGAGCAAUUCGACAAACAUGCCGCUUUCUUUUAUUAGCUGUUUCUGUUCUUCGAAACCUUCUGCCAAGCGAUCUUCUGCCACUAGGAGGCCUCGACUUUAUGAGAAUAUAGCCAGUGAGCCGAUGACAAAACGAUUCAACGCCAUCUCAAAGGAGUUCCCUCAGUUAAACUGGCCGUCUCUGGUAACCAAGCCGUUUAUUCUGGUCAGCUUUGGAAGCGUUGCACAGGUGAGGAUGAUUGACUAUCCCAAUCAAAGUCACCAUACCCGGUCAUUGAAUGUUUUCUACUCCUGGAGGCUGCUACAGCCUGGGGUGAAAAGAAAAACACCCUUUCUUUUGAAACGGCCAAGUAUGGUUGCCUCAUGGGCUCCUCAGUAUCCCCCAAAACAUUUUAAUCUCGUUCAGGCUCAAUAUAUGUCAAUGGAAUUAGUCGAGAGAUUCCUCGAGGCCUUCUCACAAUCGUCAUUCACAGUGAUCUGGCAGACUAACUCCGCUUUCGAAUCGCUUUUAUGGGCUAGAAAUAUUUCUGUACCAAAGAAUGUACUGCUUAGUAAUUGGGUACCAGUUAAGCAUAUACUAGCUCAUCCCAAUUUGCAGUAUCUGAUUUGCCAUGGCGGGAUCAACACUAUCAACGAAUUGUUGCUGUUCGGUGGUGAUCAGAGUUCAAAUCUACAACGUCUCGUCGAUCUGGGUGCAGCGGCGAAGAUGUCAGUGGAACAGAUUGCCCAAGGAGCCCUCUUACCAGCUAUGCGACGAUUCGAAAGAAAUCUCGAUCGGUACUGGGAUCGAGUUGGACAGCUGACAAAAAUGCUCGAGUCCUACCACGAACUGCAUUCAGACGAACAGAACUUCUGGAUCGGUUGGACGGUUAGAAACGGUAAACGACUCCGUGGACGACAUCUUCUUCGAUUGAACUACAUCGGCGAUGCGGAGAACGCUUUCUGGAUCUCACUCGCAUUGGCCUUUGUCGGGUUGACAGUGAUCCUCUCUUAA